CCCCUCCCCAACGCUUGCCAGCAGGGAUUCACUGUAAAUCUAUCGAUCUCCUGGAUCAUCUAUCCCUUAAAAAUAUCAUGCUGACAGACUGAAGGGUUCCCGUUUCUCCCACAACUACCAUGGCAUCUACUUCUGUUGGGGAGAACCAACUACAGAGGAUCAUCAGAGACCUACAUGAUGCUGUGAGCGAACUGAGUAAGGAGCACAGGGAGGCCGGAGAGCCCGUCACUGAUGACAGCUCCAGCCUACACAAGUUCUCCUACAAGCUAGAGUACCUGUUGCAGUUUGACCAAAAAGAGAAGACCACUUUCCUGGGACUCAGAAAAGACUACUGGGAUUACUUCUGCGACUGUUUGGCCAAGCUGAAGGGGGCAAACGACGGCAUCCGAUUCGUCAAAUCAAUCCCAGAGCUCAAGACCUCCCUGGGAAAGGGCCGUGCCUUCAUCCGCUACUCUCUGGUGCAUCAGCGGCUGGCCGACACGCUGCAGCAAUGCCUCAUGAACCACAAAGUCACCAGUGAGUGGUACUACGCUCGCAGCCCAUUCCUGAAGUCUCACCUGAGUAUUGACAUCAUCAACCACCUGUACGAGUUGAAUGAGGUGCAGUUCGAUGUGGCUUCCAGGGGCCACGACCUAGACUCCGAUUGGCCCACGUUUGCCAGGCGGACAUUAGGGUCAGGUGUGUCCUCGUCUCACCUGUGGCGUCCUCCCAGUCGCUGCUCCAGCGUCACCAGCCUGAUCAGCAGCUACUCACAGCAGCCCCCUGAGUUCCUGCCGGGGCCCGACUUCAGCCCGACCCUGCUGGGAGAUCUAGGCGAGCUCGGCCACAUCUCCAGCUGCAGCGCAGCUGACGACCUGCGCCUCGAGCUCGACCAAUCAGAGCUGCGGCAGCAGGAGCUUCUGGAGCGCGUCAGGGCUCUCACGAAGGAGGCCGGCGACCUAAAGACCGUCAUCCGCGACCUUGAGGGAAAGCUGACCGGCGGCGUGGGCACGGGUGGCCUCCAUCCAAAGAGGCAGCCACCUCAGCAUCUGCAGUUGUCACAGCAACGUGGUGCAUCAUCUCCAUCGAACCAGCAGACGGAGGAGAGGAAGGCUAAUGGGGAGUUUGUGAACCAUCUGCAAACUCCGGACCUGCCAGAACUAUCACAGAUCGCACCACCCAACAGCACAGGAGACACACCAUCAACACCAUCAGUAUCAAUAUCAGCAGCGGCAACAAUAGACGAGAGCAACCAAAGUUUGCAGGCGAAGCUGAGCGUGGCAGAGCAGCGCAACAUGGAGCUCCUGGCCAAGCUGGACGGGGCGCUGACAGACAAGACGCAGCAGGCCGCCAGCUACUACGACUCGGCCUGGAAGAUCCAGGAGCUGCUGAGUAGGCUGAAGGAGGCCGAGGCGGAGAGGCUGGAGGCGCGCAGACGCAGCGAGGAGAUGGCCGCCCGCGUGGAGCAGCUCACACACGAGGUGCGUCAGCAGGAGCAGAGUGCCAGGGAGAGCCAGGAGCGUCUGGCGUCGGCUGAGGAGGAGCGGGACGGGACACUGAGGAGAGCAGAGGAGCUGCAGGCCAUGGUGGCAGCAAAGGAGAGCGAGGCGGAGAGCCUGCGCACGCAGCUUCAUGACCUGCGUUGUGCCGAAGAGGCCAGACGGACCGCAGAGGAGGAGCGCGACACACUCCGCCAACAAAACCAGAACCUGAAAGAGGAGCUGGACCAGGUGAAGACCCGCGAGGCCCAGCUCGAGACCAACACCACCAGUGCCAAAAAGGAUCCCAGCGCCGCCGCCAAGAAGCUGGAGGACUACAAGGCGCAGUGCACCACGCUGAUGCAGCUGAACAGCAAGCUGAUGCAGACGGUGAAGCGCAGCGAGGAGAGCACGCGGGAGCUGGCGGGGGCCCGGCGCGCGCUGGAGCGGGAGCUGUCCACCCUCAGGGCCUCAGAGAGGCAGCUGCAGGCCCGACUGGAGGACGGCCAGCUGCCCCUGGAGGAGAGGGAGCAGAGGCUGGUGCAGGAGAACCAGCGGCUGGAGAAGGAGCUGCAGGAGGCCACCACGAGGAGUCAAGAGGCCCAGGAGGAGGAGGUGCGCCGCAGGCUGGAGAAGAAGGAGCAGGAGCAGGAAAUGGAGAAGAGGGGGGUGGAGGAGGAGAAGGAGAAGGAGGAGGAGCGGUCGGAUGUGAAGGAGGUGCGGGAGGAGAUGGGCACGCUGACGGCACAGGUGGCGGAGCUGGAGAGGGGGCUGGCUGUGUCCAGGGAGGUGGAGCAGCAGCUGCAGAGGCAGUUUGAGGAGGGGAGCAACAGCAGCAGCAACGCUGGAGGAGGAGGAGGAGGAAGAAAUAUCGUCUCCCUAGGAGGAGGUGUGGAGGAGGGGAGGACAGUGGGGACGUCAGGGGGGUCGGUGGUGACCAAGCUGGCCCUGGCGGAGGCACAGGUGGACCUCCACACCCGGGAGGUGCAGAGGCUGCAGGAGGAGGCGGUGGGGCUCAGGGCAGAACUGCAGGCGAUCAGGGAGGAGCGUCUGAAGACGGCGGCUCUGCAGGAGGUGACGGAGGCGUGUCGCGAGGACCUGCGCUCGCAGGCGGAGCAGCUGAAGGUGCAGGUGGAGGACCUCAACCGCCGCCACGUGGAGGAGCUGCUGCGUGGGCGCGAGCGCGAGGACGCCCUGGCCCGGGAGCGCGACCACGAGGCGCGGGAGCGAGUGGCCCUCGCCUCCGAGGCGGAGACCCUGCGCGAGGAGCACGUGGCGCUCAAGCGCCGGCUAGACGCGCUGGCCGUGGAGAACGCGGAGGCCCGGGAGGCGCUGCACCGCGCCAACACCGAGACGGCCGAGCUGGGCGUGCACGUCUGCAUGCUGACAGGCCAGAACGAGGAGGCGAGGCUGCGCUGGGAGGGGCUCUCGGGGCGGCUGCGUGAAAUCGAGGAGGAGGCCGGCAGGGAGGUGCAGAGCCUGAAAGCCAGUAUGGAGACUCUGAGGGAGGAGAAGCGCAGGCUGCAGGAGGAGCUGAAGCAGGCCCAGACACAGGCACAGGCACAGGCACAGGCGUCGUCUACCGGCCAGCAGGACGGGGGAGAGGAAGGAGAGAGCCAAACUCUGAAGAUGUCAGAGCACAAAGCCAAGUUAGAGGGCGUGACAGAGGAGCUGAGCAGUGUGAGACAGCAGCUGGCGGUCUCCCGGCAACAGGUUGCGGCGCUGGAGGCCAAACUGAAGGAAGUGGAGACGUCAAGCCAUGACAGCCAUCACGCAGUAGAGGAGAGGAAUGCCCACAUCGCCCAGACUGAACGGGUAUUACAGCAGAAAGAGGAAGAGGUGAAGAAGCUAACGGGGGAUUUGUCCAAAGUGGAGGGCCAGCUUGCUUUGGCCCAGAAGGCGUGUCAGGACCUGAGUGAGAGUCUCCGCCGCACCACCGUGGAGAAGCAGACGAGCGACCUGAAGACGUCGGCCGAGAUCGACGACCUGUACCGCACCAAGAGGAACCUGGAGGAGAGACUGAUCGAGCUCAUCAGGGAUAAGGAUGCGCUGUGGCAGAAGUCUGAUGCGCUGGAGUUUGAGCAGAAGAUGCGAGAGGAGCAGACGGACCGCGGGCAGCUGCAGUGCCUGGGCUGCCAGAGCCAGUUCAGCUGGUACCUACGCAAAUACAACUGCAGGCUGUGUGGCCGGGCGUUCUGCUACUACUGCUGCAGUAACUCUGUGAGCACGCAGCACGGCGGCACGCGUGAGCGCUGCUGCAAGGACUGCUACACGCAGCAUAGUGCUGUGGUGGAGCGCCACCCACAGGAGGAGCCGGGAACACCGCCCUUCCCACCGCCAUCACUCUUCAUCCCCCCCACGCCCCCCAGCUCAGCCGGAUCAGGAGCAGGAGCUCCAGAGCCGUCCCUGAGGCAGGAUGACGGGGUGUUUGACAUCAUCACGGAGGAGGAGGUGAGCCGCAUCUACGACAGCGGCGAGUCCCUGUCCGGCAGCACCACCACCACCCCCGAGAGGGAGAGGGAGCGGGAGCGGCGGGGCCGAGCGGGGGCAGACACACUGAGCAGGAGCACCAGUGCAGGCGAUGUGGCGGUUACCGAGGAGACGGAAGAGGUCAUGUCCUCCAUGCAGGAUGCAGAGCUGUGCCUUCUCAAGGCGGGAGAACUCACGCUGUCGGUGCCCUACAGUGUGGACGAGAUCGCCCACUUUGGUGACGAGUUCCGAGAGCUGUUUGUCAAGUCCAGCUGCUACAGCAUCAUCCCCAUCGCCGUGGGCGACGCUGGCCAGACCAUCAGCUGGGUGUUCUCCUCCCAGCCCAAGAGCAUCUCCUUCAGCAUGGUGUACCGAGACAGCACAGACAUCCCCCUGGAACAGGCCAAGGUGAUGAUCCCGCUGACGAGAUGCAACUCCCACAAGGAGACCAUCCAGGGCCAGCUGAAGGUGCGGCACGCUGGAGAAUACUCCCUCAUCUUCGACAACUCCUUCUCCAGGUUCAUCUCAAAGAAAGUGCUUUACCGUCUUUCAGUGGAGGAGCCAGUUAUCUACGAUGGCAGUGACUGUCCUUAAACACACACACACACACACACACACACACACACACACACACACACACACACACACACACACACACACACACACACACACACACACACACACACACACAUAAACACACACACUCCAGCUUCGGACAUGUCUGCCUGUGUGUGUGUAGUAGUGGCGACAUGGACAGAUGGGCCGGUUUGAGCCGGCUUGGGCCCCAGGUGUGCACCUGUGUUGCACCUGUCUGGACCAGGAUGUGCUGUCCGCUGCAGUGUGCUCGGUAGAGAGCAGAGGACUCGGUAUUGCCAGAUGGAGAUGUCAAACUAUCCUACUAAAACUUCAAAAUUAUCGUUUUUGGGGGAAAAUGAUCGUACACAAACCAAGUGGUUGUUUCAAUGCAACUAAAUGAACUGAAUGAAAACUGAAUGAAAUUAUUGUACAUCAUGUGUUUAUCGUACAGAGGACAAAAUUAUGGUACAAAUGCGACAAUUAUCACACAUCUGGCAACACUGAGAGGGCUGCUAGUGAAGUAGGUUCCUCUGCAUGGAAGGCAGCAGUGGAGAGUUGUGAGUGUGUAACCUGCGUAAUCUCCCAGUCUAGAACCCAAAGACUAGAGCAGGGGUGGGGAACCUAUGUCUCGAGGGCCAUUGACGGCCCUUGAGGGCGUUAUAUUGGGCCCCCGAUAUAAUUUUAAUGCCAUGCAGCUUCACAUGAAAUAUGACAUAUUUUGUAAAGGAAUCUUAAAAAUUACAUUUGAUAUACAAUUAAGGUAUAUUUCAGGGGACCUAGGGAAGGCAGGGUCUGUUUUAAAGGUGGUUGCCUUCAAUAUAGGUCUUAAAGGGACACUGUGCAGGAAAUGGUCAAAAAGAGUACUGCAACUAUGCUGCGAAUUGAAAAUGAGCUGCCUAUUGCCAAAUUUGGUCUUUUCAUGAAAGUUUAUGAAGUAAUAAACUAAUAUUUUCUAGUAUGGUCCAAGUACAGUCAUUUUUGCAGCUAAAAAUGGCUAUUUUUGGAAAUUCAAAAUGGCGGACCAUUUAGAAGAUACCCCUUUUCAUGUAUGAAAAAUGCAAUUUUUUCAGUCAUAAUGAAUACUUAGAAUUUGAUGGUGGUGGAAAGUAUUCAUGAAAAAGGUAACAUUAGUGAAUGGGCAGCAUGAAUUCUGGAAAUAAACAACUAAAAAUCUCACACAGUGUCCCUUUAAAUGCAGGGAGAAAUCCUGGUUUGUGUUCAUAGUACGGCCCUCGGAAGACUUUUACAGGCUUUUCUUGGAAAAACGUAUGGCCCCUCGAAUGAUAAAGGUUUCCCAUCCCUGGACUAGAGCAUUAACCCAAAGCCACCCAUGCAAUCGGCACUUGGGGGAAAAUAUGGAGUCUUGUUACAUUAUUAUUAUUAUUAUCAUGAUUGUUUAUGUUGUUCUUGGUUUUAUGGCAACCAUAAUUUCCCAACUGUCAACUGUGGCUAAUACAUUGAUUUAGGAGAUCCGAACUGCUCUGUGCACAGUUGAUAGAGGCCUUAAAUUAAUGUGCUACAAAAUCAUUUUUGUGGUUCAUCAAAUUAACUGGGACAAACAUACAGUACCGUGCAAUCGUCAUCAAACCUCUCUGGCUGUCAGUCUGGCUAUCGCCAGCCUAAAUCACGAGAGAAAUUUAGUCUGAGGGCGGCCUAUUCAUUUUCUUGUUUGGGGGGUAUGGGAUUAGAAUUGCCCAUGGCCAAUCAGUGGGCACUGCAAAUCUCUAUCAUUUUGAGUAAUCAGUCAUAUCAAUUGUAUGCGACGACGCUGUUCUUGUAUCAAAAUGAACUUUCGAUCUAGACUAUAAAGAAACACUGACUAACGUUUUAUUGAAAGUUUCGCAUCUCCUGAUGCUAUGUAGGAUCCUCCUAGUGAUGCAACACAAUGUACAGUAAAUAUCGUUUCUGAUCUACGGAAAAAUCAGUAACUCCACCCACUUUGUAGGACCCCAGUCAUCCAGUAGCAAACCAAGGGAGGCGGGUCAACCAUGCCGUUUUGGGAAACGCUAAUGGUUAUGCUCUUGGUCAGACCAAGUCUCGAAGAGAUUUGGAAGUCGAUGAUAAUCAAGCUUGUCUUGACCUCCCUCCCCAAUGCAGUGAGUGGAUUCCCAAAGUCACGUUCAGAUUUCAGCCAUGGUUUCCCAUGAUGUCGAGCAUGAUGUCGAGCAUGCAAGGCAUCAGAGGAAUUCCCAGCAGCUAUCUGGCUAAACACUCAAGCGCUAUUAUCUUUCUGCUUGUGUCUGUUGUUUACCUAUUUAUUAUACAUUGC